GAAUUAUAAAUUAAGCCGUGUCUAUUUUGAUAUAACUGUCUUGUUUGCUUGUUCGUCAAUUCAACCAAAGCCUCAUUUGAUAUGUCAAAUUAAUAACCAAGCCAAUGAAAUUCUGUUUUGGAUUCUUUUGAUCUUGUGUUAAAGAGUGGAAUGGUAGGGUCAAGGCAGGGCGUGCCAGUGCCUUCAUGGAUAAGUGCAGUAGCGGCAACGAGAGUUGAUUUGGAGGGAAACGUUCCCUCUGUUUCCGAAAAUAUGUUUAAAGAUGGUAAAGAAGAACCUCCACAAUCACAACCUUCUAAAACCGUAAAAAAUGAUGUCAAUUUGGGUUUUGGAGAGAGGGCUUUCUCUGCAGCUGGUGCUGCUAUUGUCUCUGCCAUUAUAGUUAACCCUCUCGAUGUUGCUAAGAUAAGGUUGCAAGCACAGGCUGCUGGUGUACCUUACCAGGAUUUAAGUUGUUCCCUGUGUUUUGAAAGUAAUUUGAUGCUUCCAGAUCUGAGAAAUUCUCCAUCAUGCACACGAGUAGCUACUGGCAGUGAAUCAGUUCCAGAAUGUAGUAGAUACAAAGGAACACUGGAUGUCUUCUACAAAGUCACACGGCAGGAAGGAUUUGCUAGACUAUGGAGAGGCACCAAUGCAAGCUUAGCACUGGCAGUGCCAACGGUGGGGAUUUAUCUCCCUUGUUAUGACAUUUUUUGUAAAUCAAUGGAAGAUUUCGCAGCACAAAAUGCUCCAACCUUGACACCAUAUGCCCCAUUAGUUGCAGGUUCCAUUGCACGAUCAUUAGCAUGUGUUGCUUGUUACCCAGUUGAAUUGGCAAGGACCCGCAUGCAGGCAUUUAAAGAAACUCAACACAGUGUGAAGCUUCCAGGAGUAUGGAAGACACUAGUUGGGGUUGUGAACCCAGUUGGUAGCACAAAUAACAUUCAAAACUUGCAAAACUAUCGCAUCUUGUGGACUGGUCUUGGAGCACAACUUGCUCGUGAUGUUCCUUUCUCUGCAAUUUGUUGGUCCACACUUGAGCCAAUCAGGAGAAAUAUUCUUUCUCUGGUGGGUGAUGAAGCGACAGCAACCAGUGUCGUGGGAGCAAAUUUCACUGCUGGUUUUGUUGCAGGAACCCUUGCAGCUGCUGCUACAUGUCCCCUGGAUGUUGCAAAGACACGACGCCAAAUAGAGAAGGAUCCUACCAGGCAAUUAAAAAUGACUACAAGGCAGACAUUGAUGGAGAUCUGGAGGGAUGGAAGAAUGAAAGGACUAUUUACAGGAAUAGGUCCCCGUGUUGGUCGUGCGGGGCCAUCUGUUGGGAUAGUUGUUUCUUUCUAUGAAGUUGUUAAGUAUGCUUUAAGCCACAGACAUCAACUGGAAGAUCACAGAAACUUGCGUUGAUAGUGCACCAUUUAUCAGUCGACGAAUAAUAUUUCUAUGAAAAAAUGUGAUUGAUUAGUACGAUAAUUCAUUUUUAGCGACGACUUUUACCGGAGGCAAAGAUGGCGAAAUUAUUAUGUUUCUGGGAGGCAAAUCCUCUUCCUGGGGCCUGCAGAGUGUAAGUGACAGGACAUAGCACAGUUCGAUGCUGACUGACAGAAAGCUUCUUCGUUGAAAUUACAAAUAGAAAAAAGGAAAUAAAGACUGCGACACAUUUUCUUUUAUAAAGCUAACUUCAUCAAAGUUCCCGGACACGUUAAUGUCACAAAAUUUAUUUUCAUUACCAUCAUAUCAGAAGAUUCUUGAUUGAAUUUUCUUGUAUACCUAUAAACUCUUAAAGGCAUGAAUAAUCUCCAUUCAAAUAUCAGUUUUUCGUAUUAUUGAUUUGA